UGCAAUACAGAAAUUUUAAAUUUACGCGGUCAAAAAAAAUGGCGAAUGUUUUUUUUUUCUCUGUGUGUGUACACACACUCUCUCCAGCUGUCAAAAUAAAUAAUUAUGUUUACAAAUUUUUUCUCUCAUGAAUACAAUGAUAAAAAGGAUAAAUAAACAAGUCAAUUAAAUUAUUAAAUAAUUAAAAUAUUUAAAAAUGGGAAAACGUAAAGCUAAAAAUAACAAUGCCACUAAAAAUAAAGAAAUAAUUGUCAAGAAAAGUUGUUUAAAAAAUAGAGAAACACCAAAAGUUGAACCUGAUGAAGAAUCAACUGGUCAAGCAGUUAUUGAAAUCUUGAGUGAUGAUAAUCUUGCUAAAAUAUUUUCAUAUUUACCAAUUAAAAAACGUCUUGAUAUAGAAAAAGUGAGUUUAAGAUGGCGAGAUGUUAGUCAACAAUCAUGGCAUGAUAUAAAAGAGCUAGAUUUUUCAAAAUCAAUAGACAACGAAUUAUUGAGAUCUCUAAAAAAACAAAAAGACAUUGAAAAAAUAUUAGAGAGAUGUGGAUUCUAUUUGACGUAUAUUAAUUUAUCGAAAUUAUGUAACUCAAGUAUACUACAAAUAAUACGUCAACAUUGUAAUAACUUAACACGGAUUGAACUUGAUUUAUGUAAAUAUUCAGAUACACAUUUUAUAAAUGCAUUUACAAAUAUGGAUAAACUUAAAUAUAUUAAAAUUAAAAAUACAUAUGGACAAUAUUUAUUUCGUUGUCUGACAAGUUUAUCUGAUGGAAUUGAAGAAAUACAUUUGGGAAUGUUACCAUCAAGAAACUGUCCAGGUUAUUUGUACAAUCCAUUACCAAAAAAUUCACUAACUAGAUUCAACAGUCUACGAUGUCUAUCAAUAAAUUCCCAUGAACUCGAUCAAAAUGAGAUAAAAAUUAUAAGCCAAAAACAAACAUUAAUUAAUUUAAAUCUUGCAUUUUGUAAAUUAAACAAAGAAUAUAUUUGUUUAAUAUCUGAUCUUGUUAAUUUGGAGCAUCUUGAUUUACGUGGUGUUGAUGCUGUUUAUGAUGUAUUUUUGCGAAGCAUAACAUGGCAAUGUAAAUCAUUAAAAUAUUUAGAUAUUAGUCUUUGUACAUCUGUAACUGAUAUUGGACUAAAUGAGCUAUCAACUUUAAAUUGCUUGGAAGAACUACUUGUAAAUGACAUGCGUAGAAAUGUUACUGAUUAUCCAUUUGAACAUUUUCGACAAUUAAAAAAAUUAGAUUGUAGAAAUUGUAAGUACAUUGGUGAUGCUGGAAUAAUUGAGUUAAUUAAAAAUUCAAUUAAUCUUGAAGAACUUAAUAUUACAAGAACAUCUGUUACAUCUGAGACACUUGUUUCUGCCUCAUCAUCAACACAAAUGCGAAAUAAUAAUGUUGUUUUAAAUAUUUUUGUUGAUUCAUGGGUACUCGAUGAUUUUGAUCCUAAUGAAAAUUCAUCACAGUAUUUACGUAUUAAGAAAAUAUAACAGCCAAAUAGUUUUAUUAUAUAUUUUUAAAAUUUUAAUUAUAAUAUACUUACUUUAUUAAUUUAUCAAUAAAUAAACAUUUAAAAAAAUCCAAUUAAAACUGAAUUAAUGUCUGUUUUGUUUCGAAAUAUAUUUUACAUUUUACAACUAAUAAAAUAA